GAAAUUUAGCCAAGGUCACAAAUAUUUUGAAAAGUGAUUUUUGAAGUUUCUUCGUUUAUCUCAAAAUGUAUGGGCAGAAGAAGCCACCCCCUAUGUCUGAGAGUGAGUCUGAUUGGGAUGACACCACCAGGGCUAGCAGUCCAGAUGCAAAGCUACAUAAAGCACCUGCUAUUGAAGUGAGCUCGGAUGAAGAACCAUCAAGGAUGUCUGUCAAGUCAUCAAGGUCGAAUAAGAAAUCAAACAAUAGAUCUACAGUACUGAAAUCAACUGAGAAUACUUCUAAGUCCAGUAAGCAAGGGACUCCAAAAUCUCAACAGAAAUCUCAACCAAAAAAUGAUCUCCUUGAUACAUUCACAUUCUCAGACAGAGGGCGCAGAAAUGAUGCAUAUAGCGAGGAAGAAGAUAUGAGUGUUAGAUCAAGAGCCUCAAAAUCAUCAAAGACAUCUAAACAUCAUCAAAAUAACAAGCCAUCCAAAACUGAAAAUCCACCUUACGAUUUCAGAGAUGCUAUAACAGACAAAAGGAAUUCCCCUGCCCCUAAGGAAAACAGACCCCCUGGUAAAGAUCGCAAGGGACAGAAGUAUGACAUACCUCCAGACUCAGCAAGAACUGAAAAAGGAUUUGAUGACUCUUGGGACAGUAACAGUGAAGGUGAUGAUUCCACAGGCUUAGCAGAUAUCAGGGCAAACUUUACCAAACCUCACCCUGAUCCACAACCCUCCGCACCCCCCACCCGCGCUCGCACUGAACCCACCACACAGCCAGUACCCCAGGGACCAUCUCAAGAUAGAAAUAAAGAAUUCGAAAUAGACUUAGGAAAAUCAACAUCUUCAGGGAAAGGCAUAAAGAAUAUGGUCAAAAAGCUUAGUGGAAAAUUCAGCCCAAGAAAUGAUAAGGGUAAUAUUUCCCGGGAGCCACUCGUUCAAGAAUCUCCACAGAAGUCCCCAGAAAAUGCAAUUCCUCAACCCCCUAGUCAGUCCAAGAAUAUGUCAAUGUUUGUUACUAGUAAAGAGGUCAGCGUAAGAAAUAAUGACAAGGGGAAAUCUCAAAAAUACUCAGAAGGUCAAGGUGCAGAGAACACCCCUUAUAUGGACGAUCAGAAUAGAGUUGUGUUUAUCUACAAUGAACUACACACAGACCACUACACAUCACUGACCAGUAGCACUCAGGAGGCUGUCACACAGAGAUUCGCAGACACAGCUGAAGUUUUCAUCACUAGAGGUGUCCAGGAAUUCUUCGGCAUCAUACGCAUAAUAAUUGGCUUCAUCUUGAUAUUUGUGGUUGAGACCAUCAAGUUUGUACUGAGAUAUAUUGGACAGUUUCUCCUCGUUGGGACAGUUACGGCAUUCGGGGACUACCUUAUAAAGCCACUUUUUCUCGCCCUCCACCAAAGCAUUCUUAACCCAGUGUUGACUUUUAUCUGGAAUCUGACAAUUGGCUUACGAAAUAUUAUUGGACCGAUUUUGGAGAUCUAUAGAAGUCUGAUGUCUUCUACUGCCGUUUUAUUACAGGCUUUCCGAUUGGUUGAAAUCAGGCAAAUCCCAAACCCGAAUCAUCAGUCAGUGAUGACAGCCUAG